AUCCUCCGCCGACCCUGCAAUAUUAAGGUAUACGUUGUAAAGAAUAUAGGAUGUCGUUUAUAGCUCACAUGCUCUGGGCUACCUUCGCAUAUGAUAGAUUCCAAUCUUCCAGAAAUGGUUUUCCGCCGCGCGAAUCAUAUACUAGUGGCUCAUCCCCUGCACCUUUCGGAGACUGUCCGUACGAAUAUGCGAGAUCAUCGUGGGUCACAGCAACAACACUUAAAUAGGCUUUCACAAUUUGGGUCUGUGAAGGCUGAUUACAAACAAAAUCGAUCUAAUCUAACUACCAUAAUUUCGGCGAAAAGGGUGUCUGCCCAUCCUCAACCCAAAACAGUAUCAGGAGGGGACAGAACCAAGAGCGCACAAGCCACCGGAAAAGGGGGCAUGCGCUUAUCUAUGCUCUUCGGGGAAGUACUAUCCCAGAACCAAACUACAACUUCCCCGAGUGUCAGCCGACUCCACUAUUUUCCGGAAGAUCCUGGAGUCUGGAGGAUUAUUAUGUUUCCUCACGUGCUCCACAGGACCCUAUUCCAGCGGAGUUACCAUUUCCAUGCUGCUGGAAGAACAAUUCCACUGGAAGAUCUUCCUCAAGUGGUUUGGAACGGCUGAUACUGAUCCUGGACCAAAUCCCGUUCCCAUGCCAUCGAUACAUGCGUCGCCCUUCCACCAGCGAACGUUGGGAUGUGAACUGAUCAAUUAUGCUUCCAUUACGACGGUCUCAACCGUCUAUUAUCCUAUUACCCGCCAACAAAGAACACAAGUUAUCCACCAAGCCACAAAGCUAUUGAAACAUGAAAAUGGCUCUAUUCUCUCAUCAUCGAAUUUCGGCAGCCAUCGGACAAUAUCGGAGAUGACCACAAAGGACAAUAAGGUUACGACUUUUAAUGAAUGGAACCACGGACCACCAUGCUCCGUGAGAAGGUAAAUGGAGCUGACAUGAAUGGCUUCAGUUGAAAAAGAAAAGCUUACCCUCCC